CUCCAGAGCGCCGACUGAGAUUAUAUAAAGGGGACGAUGCCUUUUCAAAACCGCAUUUGGUUUCUAGCAUUUCCAAGGAGAGGUCGCACCAUGAAGGGUCUUCAGAUAGGCUUGAUCUGCUGCCUGGCAGCAGGAAUCCUCGCCAACCAGAGCGGUGACAGCAACAAGCGCUUCCUCGGGGGGAAUCCUUUAGUUGGAGGCAUUGGAGGAGUGCACGGAGGCGGCAUCCACGGGGGAAUUGGACCUAUAGGAGGAGGAAUCCAUGGGGGAAUCGGACCCGGAGGCAUCCACGGGGGAAUAGGACCCGGAGGCAUCCAUGGGGGUGGAAUUGGUGGAAUUGGUGGAAUUGGUGGUAUCGGUGGUGGUUCUGCUACCUGCAGGUACUGGUGUCGCACUCCCCAGGGCCAAGCCUACUGCUGCGAAAAUAACCACCAACCCCAGGGACCCGUUGGGGUCAAGCCCGGCUACUGCCCUCCCGUGCGACCUGUCUGCCCGCCGGUGAGGAACUUCGGCCCUCCGCAGACCUGCUCCAACGACUACUCCUGCGGCGGCGUCGACAAGUGCUGCUACGACACCUGUCUCGAGGAACACGUGUGCAAACCUCCUCAGGGAUCCGGUGGUUUUGGCGGCUUCGGGGGUCCGUUUGGACGCUGAUCUCUUUAUUUAUUCAUUUAAAAGUGGCAUUACCCAUGUCUGCUGAAUAUUGUUGAAUCCUUUUGUUUUGUUUUGAAUAAAUUAAUUGAAUAAGUUAAGAAAAUAUGUCAA